ACCCCAAAAAAGAAGAACUUUUGCUGAAACUGCUGGAGGAGAGACGGAUCCUGCCCCUGAAACCAUGGGGCCUGUCAGCUACUCAUCAGAGACCUAUGACUUGAGCCAGGUGGAGCUGAGCGGUUACUACGAAGCCGAGAACACCACCCCGUCUUUGGAGGGCUACUUUUGCUUCAACCCAGCCUCAUCUGUGGUCGGCAACCAGAGCGACCCCUUCAGAAAGGUCUUCAUGCCUCUCAUCUACCUGCUGAUGUUCGUCGUGGGGACUGUGGGCAAUGCCCUGGUCCUGGUCAUUUUAGAGAGGUUCAAGCGGUCUCGCACCACCACGGAAAACUUCCUCUUCCACCUCACCCUGGCCAACCUGGCACUGUUGCUCACCUUCCCCUUCAGCGUGGUGGAGAGCUUGGCUGGGUGGGUAUUUGGGAAGUUCCUCUGCAAGAUCCUCAGUGCCGUCCACAAGAUCAAUUUCUACUGCAGUAGCAUGCUGCUGGGGUGCAUCGCGGUGGACCGCUACCUGGCCAUCGUCUAUGCAAUCCACACCUACCGCAAACGCAGAGCUCGCUCCAUCCACCUCACCUGCACGGUUGUCUGGCUCUGCUCGCUGCUUUUGACCUUACCCGAUCUCAUCUUCAUGGAAGUCUGGACGGAUGACAGCAACCGCAGCAUUUGCUAUUUUCCAGAGGUUGGGAUCGAUGGCAACAACGUCUGGCUGGCGACCCGCUUCCUCUACCACACUGUGGGCUUCUUUGUCCCCCUGCUGGUCAUGUGUUACUGCUACACGGCCAUUGUCCGGGCUCUGUGUCAGUCCCAGCGCCUGCAGAGGCAAAAAGCUGUCCGCGUGGCCAUCCUGGUCACAGGUGUCUUCCUGCUCUGCUGGAGCCCGUACCACAUCGUCAUCUUCCUGAACACACUUACCAAGCUAGAAGCCUUCACCAAGAAUUGUCUCCUGGAAGACCAGCUGGACACGGCCAUCAUGGUGACAGAGGCGAUUGGCUUCACACACUGCUGCCUCAACCCCAUCCUCUACGCCUUCAUUGGAGUCAAGUUCCGUAAUGACUUCUUCCGGAUCCUGCAGGAGCUCGGCUGCAUAAGCCAGGAGACCCUGCAGGAGAUCCUGGAGGUGGCGAGGAAGGGCAGUGGGAUAGAGUCGGACAACACCACCUCUAUCUCCACUUUCUAG